GUGUUAUUUUUAUUUCUCCUUUAUUCGAAACGUUGUACAAAUGGCUCUAUUUCCGGUUUUACCUUUUCGAUAAAGAACUACAAAUUUCUGGGCGUUUCCGCGGUGACGUCAUGUGAGCUGACUGACACGUCCUGUUUGGUAGUAGAAAAAAAAAGUAUAUAACAGGAAGAAGAAAGAGGCAAACAGACAGCUCAACCCACAGGAGAGCCAAGAGGUAGGGCCGCUAUAUUAACAUUAACAUCGGUGAGGUAUAUUUAUGUGUUAUAUUUACUGUAAGUUAAGCAGAAUAUACGGCUGAAAGAAGGAGAUAUCGAGCUGUUUUGACUGAGGAGUUUACGGCUGCUCGGCGUUGAGCUAGCGGCUACACGUUAGCAACAUUAGCCGCUAAUAUGAUCCUGAUCUCAUGCGUCAGACAUUUACAGCUGUUGAUCAGUGGACUAAAACAACAUUUAUCGAUAAAGUACAAAGCUCCGAAUCAUCGAUAUUAGCUAAAAGCUUUCACACGAGUCUAAAGCAUGUCAUGAGGCAGCCUGUUAGCUCGGUGAACGGGAUUUCGUGCUGGUUGUAAGUCUUUACUUUUAACGCUGUUGGAUAAUUAAAGAUGUUAAACUCUUUAUGUAAUCAAACUGAGAACUUUCAGCCGGAGACAUUUGUGUGUUAUAUUAUUAUAAGUCUAAAUACAGUCAUAUAAAGUUAAAAAUUUCAGUAGAAGUCCUAAAAUAACUGCAGUUUGACGGCAGUUUUUGUCAUAAUGCUCCUUAUUAGUAAAACAUUUUAAGUGAAAUUAAGUGCAUUAAUUUAUUCGUACACCUUCUCGAUUUAGAAUAUGAUAAAAUAUGUUUAAAAUGUUGAAAAAAGUGCAAUAAAUUACAAAGCAAGACUUCAAAACUUUGUCAUAAACAUGAAUCAGAUAUAGUCUAAAAAUGCUCAAAAUGAAAACGAAACAAUAACAGACAAAGACUCAAACAACUUGGACCAGAUUGACCUCAAUGUGUGGAAAGUUUGUGUCAUGAAUCAUGUGUUGAACAACAAUAGUAGACGUCUUUAAUUGUGUAAUUUGACUGCUCUAGUGAAGAACCACAUUAUUGUAAAUUAUUAACCCUUUUCACACACACUUGGUUAAAAUGUUGGAUGUGUCAACAUGAAACACGGGCAAAGUUUAAGACUGGGAGGUUAAUUUGUGUCGCAGUAAUCCCAGGAUCGGACCGCAGGCUGCUCAUUAUGUGUUUCAAAUUAAGUGAGAGGGACAUGAGAUUUGUUUUAUGUGAAUCUCUGUUAAUGAGCGUUAUAAAUGAGACACCUCCCACACAAACAAGCUGGUACUGUCCCAAUCAACAAGCUGGAUUUCUUUUUUUUGUUAAAGUGUGCCUUCAUUUUACUUUUUUUAUUUUUAUGUAACAACAAAACAGUGACAAAAAAAAGAACAAAAAUACUUUUGUGAGGGAGGGGGAAAGAAUAUGUAUAAUAGAGAAUUAAAAAAAAAUGUUAGUUAGAUUACAUUGAAAUAUACACAUAAUAAUAAAAAUAAUAAUAAUAACAAUAUAUACAUACACACAUACUGGUACUGUUGGUGCUGUCCCAAUCAACAAGCUGGAUUUCAUAGACUUGGUAGCAUGGCAGCAGUGGAGGAGGCUUAUAGAAUGCUAGUUUGGUGUCUUUUCAGAGAGACCAGCCUGAGAUAAAGAGUUUGUUGACACUUGUAAAUCUUGUAAAGUGAGCAGAAAGAUGACCUAAAGCUUCAAAAUGAGUGUGUGUCCAGAAAAUCUCCAUCUUGAAAUUCAGCGUCAUCUCUUUAACUUCUGUUCGUAGGAGACCGCAUCUUCAAGACUCUCUUUGGAUCCGAUCCCUGGUUCCACCAUGAACGUGUUCGACCGCAACAUCAACUUUGACGCCCUCUUCAAGUUCUCCCAGAUGUACGUAAGCUCGCACGCCGCUCAGAGCUCUGUCAGUCAGUAAUGAAUAUUAUCAGUUACAUCUUCAGUUUCCAUGACUCAGCCCUUCUCAUUCACUCUAAUCUGUGUUUACAGAUCCCAUUCAACCCAGGUGCACCUGAAGAAUGUGUACUCCUGCCUGGCUGUUUGCAUGUUUGUGGCUGCAGCCGGCUCCUACGUCCAUGUCGUCACACGCCUCUUCCAGGUAGUUUUAGCUGCAAACAGAGUCUUUGAGGAGAUUCUUCACAAAGUUCAGACAAUAGUAUAUUAUCUACUUUAUCUGGUUUAAUGUGUACGCCACCGUCCAGUUAUGAUCGUGGUUAAAACAAAAGCUUCACUGACAGGAGAAGUAGAUGGUUAAUUUUGAAGCCUAGAUUAGCAGCAGGAUUUCACCUCAACAACUGUAGUGAAAAAACUAAAUUACACUAUCACUGUGUUUAUUUUUUCACACAAUAUUAACACAAUAUAUGACUUAAGUCGGUAGCUAACCAGAUAUAAAGCAUCUCUCUCCGUGUUUUUUGUCAACACUCAGCUGAUGAUUACAUACCAAGUUGCUUGUUUACCUCCAUUUCUGUGUCAUGUGGCAACAAGUGUGAGUUUAUGUAGAAAACAGUGAAGCGAGCUGCAAGUGUCAGAUGAUCUGCGGGCUCACACUCGCCACCACGCACUACAUAAACUCUCCGUCCUGUAUACACACACACACACUUACACACAGCUCCUUCAGUUUAGAAUGAAUUGAUACCACAUAGAUGGGAAAAGUGAGGCGAGAAGUGAUGAAAAUGUGGAAACUACAACAACUACCUAACUCCGAAAGCUCAAACGACAGCUGCUGAGAUUUGGUUCUUUAUUUGUUGAACCGGCGCCGGUGUUUAACAUACUAGAACGUUCUGCUGUGUAUCAGCCUGAGCAGUGCAGACUCAUCUUAGAUGUCAUUGGCUGCACGGGUCAGAGUACAGGUCUGAGAUUUCAAUCAUAAUCAGCUGCAGAUGUCGAGAUAAACCAGACUUGACCUGUCUGAGAAGUUUGUCUGUCUUAAGAUACUUUUGUUGUUUAACCAGCUGCUGAGAGAGAAACAGAGGCUGCACAUUUUUAAAAGAAUUGUUUAAUAAUUCUGGAGUUGUUGUAUUUCUCAUCUUCCUUCGUCUCCUUGUUCUCAGGGCGGUAUGCUGUCCGUGCUCGGCUCUUUGGGGAUGAUGUUUUGGCUCGCCAUGACACCCCACAACCCAGAGACAGAGAAGAAGAGGCUGGCCAUCCUGGCAGGGUUUGCCUUCUUCACAGGUGAAAUACUGACAGUGGUGUAAAAUGAAACUCUAGUUUUGUGUAAUCCGUCUUUGAGUUAAAAAAGAAAAAGAAACACAUGAAUCUGAAAGCUGUGUUUGCCUUUCCCUCUCUCUCUCUCUCUCUCUCUCUCUCUCUCUCUCUCUCUCUCUCUCUGUCUCUCUGUCCAGGCGUCGGCCUCGGCCCCACACUGGACUUUGUCAUCGCCAUCAAUCCAAGGUGUGUGAAAGGUUACUCAGUGUUUAAUGUCGACACACAACACAGUGAGCUCUGAAACAAGUUCAACAUUUCUAUGAAACACACAGAAAGAGAGUCUCUGUACGUCUAAAGAAAACUCAGUCUUCUCUGAGGUCUCUGAUUCGCUCUGGUUUCUUUCCCUUCAGCAUCAUCGUGACCGCCUUCAUGGGAACCUCUGUGAUCUUCAUCUGCUUCACUCUCAGCGCUCUUUACGCCAAACGCAGGACCUACCUGUUCCUUGGAGGUAAAGGAGGUUUAGGCUGAAGUGUUGUUUUCCUUAAGAAAGAGGUUCUUAACACCAAAAAACAUUUCAGUAUUUUGCAUCCAGUAAUUUUGCAGCAUUUCCUUGAAUAUUUUCUAACCAGUAGCUUUUUAAUGCAGCCUCAAAUUCUGGUUUCAAUAGUUGUCAGUAGAAAAAGGUUGGAAUGUGACUCUGCUUUAAAGACAGAGAUUGUAUUUGGAUCUGUAAGGACCCUCCUUGACUCCUAACCUUAAUUCCUCCUCUCUCUCUCAGGCACUCUGAUGUCUGGUCUCUCCCUGCUGUUCCUGAUGUCCCUGAUGAACAUGUUCUUCGGAUCUAUGAUGAUGUUUAAGGUAUCUGAAGCAUCAGUCCUCACUCAGACUUUGGUAGAGUACCCGUAUUAAACUCUGAGUGUUGAACCUCUUUCAUGUCUCUGACAGGCACACAUGUACCUGGGGCUGCUCAUCAUGUGCGGCUUCGUCCUGUUUGACACUCAGCUCAUCAUCGAGAAAGCAGAAAACGGGGACAAGGACUACGUCUGGUGAGGACCUGAACUUUUCCUGAGACUGUGAAUCAUUCAGUCUUCAAACAUCAUGACCAUCGAUACAUACAUCUCACAUAAUCAGAUCUGUGUUUUCAUGUCCCUCUAGUAUUUUCUCGGGUUCUUUAUCUGUAGCAGGGAAUUAUAGAAGUCUAUGAAAUCAGGUCUCCUCAGUUCAGAUUAUUCUGAAUCUGUGCAGCAGAGAGUCAGCUGUAACCUGUAGAUUCUCACCCUCUGGUUCAGCUUAAAUAAAUUUUAAACCACAAACUAAAUUUUCUGUUUUUUUCAGGCACUGUGUGGACCUGUUCCUGGAUUUCAUCACCAUCUUCAGGAAACUGAUGGUCAUCCUGUCCAUGAACGAGAGGGUAUUUUUUGUCUUUUUCAAUUUUUACUGUCAAAUAAAAAUGACUAGAAACAAUUUAAAUUAUUUGCAGAGGAGCCCAAAAUGUUAUUAUAUAAUAAUUUUAAUUAAAAAAAGAAACAUAGAAGAAGAUCAGAGCAAGAAAUGACCUCCAGACAGACAGCAGGGUUUCAGUAAUGAACACAAGUUUAUUUCCUGACCAGAAAGAGUAAAUAAAGGCACAAACACGAGUUUGUUGAAGAGUUUUCUCUCCGAUUUAAUAAUUACAGACUUAAUUUAUGACUCAGAACUUUAACUUUCUCCGAUCUCUGAACUGUCAGCACUUGCAGAUGCUUCUGAAUUAAUUCACGUAUCAUGAAGAACAGUCUUUAAAAAGAUAUUUUAAAAAGGUUCACUUUCAUAUUUUCUUAGUUUAUUGAACUUCAAGUGAAACUGUUAAAUUCGGGUGUGCGGCUUGGUACCACUUUACAGAAAUAAAAAGACUCAGUUUUGUUUUGAUCUGAGUUGAAAAGUCUGUUUUUGUAACUCUGUUUUUUCCUCUUCUUUUUCAGGACAAGAAGAAAGAAAAGAAGUAAAGAAAUCUGAGGAAAAAUUAAUGAAUCUGUGAGAUAGAGGUACAACUUGCAACGCACUUGGUGCUUUUCACUUUCUGUCUUCAUUUACUGAAUUAACUUCCUCUGUGGUCUUAUAUUACUGAGAAAGAAAAUCUCUUUUUUUCUGCUUUGUUUUCAAACUUACAACAAACAGGUUGAAUGUAAGUUCUGUUUUACUAAUGCUAGUCCCAUUUUGGCUGUGAAUGGAUAGAUCAAUGCUGCAGUGAACAUGUUUGGCCUGUAGGGGGGAGCGUUGCCUCAUGACGGCUCCCAGAAGCUGAGCAGCACUUACUGAAGGUUUUCAUAUUUACUGUUAUUUAGUGCCAUAAAUUAAUACAUGACAUUUUAGGCUCCUUUUUUUUUGAGUGUGAGCUUCUGAGAGCGACCGUCGUUUAAUUUGAGAUCAUGUAAUUUCAGCUUAUCUAUAGUUUUCUCUUCUAGUGGAGUGUCACGAGACGUGCUGUCCCAUGAUUUUGACAACAGAUGCCCCUCUCCCUCCCCGGCCCCCCGCUGAAAGAAACAUCCCUGUAAUCGUUUGUUCUGCACAAAAAUGAGUUGUGUGACUUUGAGCAGGAAGCCUGUGGCUCCCGUGAUGAACACUAACUCCAUCAUCACCCGAUCAAAGAGGGCGAGGCAGAGCCGAACCAACUCUGAGCCCUCAGUGUAAAUUUCUCUACAUGACUGUUGUCUAGAAACUAGUUUGCCAAACCCGACAAUGUUAACCUCAUGAUUUGAUUCUUUUAUGAUUUCUAGGUGUAAACUGUGAAGAAUUUAUUUUAUUGAUGUAAAAUUGAAACUAAUAAUUUGAUACAUUUGCUCAAAUAAAUGUGUUGAACAUAUUGAAGCUGAUCUGUGCUGUCUGCUGUUUUUUUCUCAGGAAAGAUUCAAGAAUAAUAACCAGCAAAUGAUUAUAAUGUCAUUUAACAGACACUUUUAUCUAAAGAGCAGGGGAGGUUACUUGUCUUGCCCACGGACAGACCAGUGAUUGGGGGAAAUGCAACCACCAACCUUCCAGUUGUUGGACAGUUGUCAGUCUUAACAACAAAAACACUCGCAGAUUUCAGCGUCCUCAAAUGUCCAUCACUGCAAUUCAAGAGAAACAACUUCAAAUCAGCAAACAGGACUCGAAGCGUUUCCUUAUUAGCUCUUGUUUUUAUCUCUUUUUGUCUAAGAAGCAUGUUGGUGUCAUUGAGAUGAAGAUAAUCUCAUUAUCUUUCUACAUCUUUGUUCUGAUUUCACCCUUUAAAAGGUGUGAACAGAUUAAACACAGUGAUGCUCUUGCAUGUCCUGAAGUUAGAUUUUGUUCAAUGCUAUACGUUCGUUUGUACCAACUCAAAAGUCUUUUUUCCGACUGCUCGUAAACGUCACAGAAGUCAAGUGAGGACUCCAGCACAGCAGUUCUUUGAGGUGUACUGAAUCACUAGAAUCAGUUCACUAACAAGAUUCAUUAUAAGUAAAGUAUGAGAAAAAUAUCAAAUUUUAGUAUGAACAAAAUGUCAUGUAUACUAUGUUAAAAAUGCCAUAGUAUGGUAUGAUAAAAAUUUUAAUUUAGUAUGAAAAAAACGUUUUAGUAUAGUAUGAUAAAGAUGUCGAAGUAUAAUAUGAAAACAUUUAAAAAUUUAGUCUGGAAAAAUGUCCUAGUAUAGUAUGAACAAAAACUUCAAAUUUGAGUUUAAAUAAAAUGUUGUAAUAAAUUAUGACAAAAAUAUCAUAGUACAGUAUUGUAUGAUAAAAAUUUUAAAUCUUAGUCUAAAAAAAUGUCAUAGUAAUGUGUGUUAAAAAUAUGAAAGUAUAGUAUGAUAAGAAUGUCGUGGUAUAGUUUUAUAAAAAAUGUCCAAUACUAUACUAAUACUAAUGUCCAAUACGAUCAUACCAGUUGUAUUUCUGUGUUUAUGCUGCUCUGAAAUCCUCUAAAUGUAUUCAAACAUCAGCAUUUGAUAUUAAACUCAUAAACAAAAGAAAAAUUAA